AUGUUUAUAAUCUUAAAGGAGCUUCGUUACAAGCCAGGACUAGACUACAAGUAUCGUUUGAUGGAGAGUUUCAUCAUGUUGGCAAGCAACAAUCGUUCCACAGUUCAACAAGCACUCAACAAUUUCAUCGAAAUGGCCGGUGCUGAGAACUCGGAGGUGCUGAGUGUUGGUGCAGUGCUCGGCGUUGCACGUGCAUACAUGAUCUUGAAACAAACACCGAAAGCAAAAACUCAAUUGAAAAGAAUUAUCGCACAUCCGUGGACGUUGGAGGAUGCGGAUUACUUGGAAAAAUGUUCUGUAUUAAACGUUUUUUUUCAAUUAUUUCUCAUUAUGAUCUUCUUUGCUGUUGUGAUUUGUGUUUAUUAUUACUGA